CUCAAACCACGCUCAUUUUUGACACACUGUACCUCAGGGUUUAUAAAGACAGUUAAUUAGAGGGUGACUCGCUCUGCUGAUCUGUUGGAAUUUGAGAUAAUGCCCAACAAAGCCCAAGAGGAUGCUGUAAUUAACCUGAAGACGCUGCAGGAGAUUUCCACCCAGCUUGGUUUUGAGUGGACAGUUUUGGCGUAUGAGCUCGGCUUCAACAGAACUGAGGUUGGGCGGUUCCACACCAAAUCUACUGAGAAGAGUGUCCAGGCCAGGACCAUGUUGGAAAGCUGGUAUGAAAAGUCAUGGGACAAGCCCAAUAAGACCAAGCUGCUGCAGGAUGGACUGGAGCGAGCAGGCAGACGGGACCUGGCUGAGAGGCUGCGGUGCCUCCACUGGGGCCACCAGAAGCUGAGCCAGAGGGUGGAGCUGCCCUCCGCCUUCCCUUUCCUCAUCACAGUGCACAAGACCAUCCGCAACCAAGAGGCACUGCGCAGGAUCAACGACCUCAACCGUAGAUACACUUAAAGCUGAGUGAAAAUGCAGCUAUGGCUACACUUUUUUUUACUUUACAAAAAUAUUGUACUGUGCACUGCAAGUAGUCUGAAAUUAAUGUAAUUAUACUGAUGUCACUGAACAAACAAAUGAGAAGCAUGAGAUAUGUAGUUAUGCCACUUUUUGUCUUGCAAGAAAUUCAAACGUUGCAAUAAAGAUGAAAACCUCA